UUUGAGUUUAUUUUUUCAAAUUACGUUUAAAAAAAUUGUAAUUUAGAAAUAAUUUUAAAUUUUUCAAUUUCUUUUGUCAAAACUUAUAUUCGUAUUUAAUUGUAUUAAUUCAACACAAUAGUGACAAUGAGCUGUCCGUUGAAUAACCAUUAUAUUGAUAACAACCUGAACUGGUUAACUCUAGAGGAGAUUGCGAAAACCUUGAGAAUCGUAGUCAAUAAAACAAUUCAUACAGCGGUUGAGUUGAUAUUAAGUGAUGUGAAAGGCGAAUUCUACUAUCCUGAUCCUAAACUUGAACCUCAGACAAGAACAUUAUAUCCCGAUUUUCUGCAAUUCCAUGCCGAAUACAAAGAGAAACAUGUGAAUUGGAUUAAUAUACAGGACUUUUCCGUGAAUGAAAUAUUCAGUCAAGUGCGUGACUAUAUAAAUUUGUGGCAUUUAUCGGAUUGCACGAAAUAUACACUCGGCAUAAACGACAAAACAAAUGUAAUACCGGGGAAAGGCUCCAAGUAUUUUCUGGAUGCUAUUUUUUCGAAGCCCACACCGAUUUGUCCCAAUCCUUUGGCUGUUGCAAAAGUUCUCUUUACCGUUACAGUGCCCGAACUCCUGCCAAAAUACUAUCCAGUUAAGGUGAUAUAUCGGUUCGAAAGCUAUCGUACACCUUACCAUGCGUUUGGGCGCUUUGAGGUGCACAGCAAGGAUUUUCAGAGGUACUUCAUAGAUUCGAUCCUCCAAAAGAAAUUGGUAUUUUAUGCAAAAAUAUUUGAAUGCCGUCAUCCGCAAAUUAAAUUAAAGGAAGAUGAAAAUGACGAAGAGGAAGAAGAAGGAGAAGCAGAAGAUGACGACAAAACUCGGGAAUAUGAAGCAGAUAAAAGUGGUCAAAUAACCGCCGUAAAUAGUUCGGAUGAAUAAGGAAUUCGAAUGAUUUGGCGAUAUUACAAAAACAAACAAAAAAUUAUAUAAAUAAUUAAUUCUUAUUCAAGGG